AUGCUGCGAGCCGUCACCGCCGCCGGCCCGAACUACGUCCCGCCCAAGCGGCACUUCGUCGGAGGCGCCGACUUGCAUGAGUGCAAGCAGCGGAUCGAGAAGGCGUUGUCGCCGUUGACGAAGUCGUGGAGGGAGACGGGCGUGACCAUCGCCAGCGACAUGAUGCAAGACAAGGGUGGGUGCGCGCAGAUGAACAUCAUCUGCACCAACGACACUGGAGCGGUCUUCGUUGAGGCGGUCGACUGCAAGGCGGUGACGAAGAGUGGCGUGUUCAUAGCCAGCAUUCUGCGGCCAAUCGUCGAGCGCAUCGAGGCAGAGCACGUCGUGGCGCUGUGCACGGACGGCGGCAGCAACUACAAAGAUGCUGGCAAGCUGCUGCAGAAGGAGUGGCCGCAUCUCGACCUCGUUCCCUGCGCCACGCACGUGCUGGACCUGCUGAUGGAGGACAUCGGCAAGAUGGACUGGGCGAAGGUGGUCGUGACCCAGGCUGACAACAUCAUCUCCUUCGUGUGCGGACACCAGUGGACGCGCGCCUUCAUGCGCGACCCGGAGCUGCACGGCGAGGAGAAAUCGCUGCAGGUGUUGCGCCCGGCAGGCACGCGCUUUGGAACGCAGUGUGAUGCUCAUGUGUACAGGUGUGCUGCUCAUGUGUACAGGUGUGAUGCUCAUGUGUACAGGUGUGAUGCUCAUGUGUACAGGUGUGAUGCUCAUGUGUACAGGUGUGAUGCUCAUGUGUACAGCUUUGAUGCUGAUGUGGUUAGAUUUGAUGCUGAUGGUAACAGCUGUGAUGCUGAUGUGUACAGAUGUGAUGCUGAUGUGUACAGCUGUGAUGCUGAUGUGUACAGGUGUGGUGCUGUUGUGUACAGGUGUUCUGCUGAUGUGUAUAGCUUUGAUGCUGAUGUGUGCAGGUGUAUGAUUUUGUGUAUAGUAGCCGUGGUGGUGAGUAAAGGAGCCAUGGGGAUGUAUAGCUUUGGCAUUCUAAUGCUGGUGAUGCUGUCGGGCAGAGGAGCCAUUGUGAACGAGAUCCCGGACAGUGAGCCGGCCAGUGAGCCGGCCAGUGAGCCGGGCAGUGAGCCGGGUGAAUCUGGCAACCAGGAACCAAUCUCCAUUUCCGAUUGGGCGUCCGGUCUCAUGGCUGGUGGGCAGACAUCACCUCUCAGAGACCCUCGCAUGGAAGCACCAGAUGGCAUCAUCACUCACCUGGCCCAGCUGGCUGUAAGCUGCACUGCCAUGCCCACUGCCUCCCGCCCCUCCAUGUCCCGCGUGGCCCAGGACUUGGAGGCAUUGAGAGGGGAGGUGGGAGGGGGGGAUGUGAGGGCAAGCGCUGCAGCACGGGUGGAUGAGUUGUUGGUGAGUCAGCGGCCUGUGAGGAGCAUGGAGGAGGAUCUGGCACUGCUGGAACAACAAUAUGCUGACCAGGGCAGAACCGUGGGGUGA